AUCGCAUUAUAUUUCAGCGUUAGUCGAUAAAUGCCACGGUUUGAUCCAAGCACUCCAAACUAGGUAUAUCAAAUUAUAUUUAAAUUUUCAAAGCAAAUAUAAACAUUUAUUAAUCGUAACGAACAGUAACUGAUUAGUUUAGAACUGGCGGUACUGAAUUGUUGAAUUCUAAAUUUUCGAUUGUUCCUACUUUUAAAGGCGAAAUUUUUUAACCUUCAUUACAAGUCGUAAUCCAAUUAAAUUGUGCGAAUUAUAGGACUAGAAAUUAAUGAAAUUUAAACAACCAAGCGUUUGCAACGAAAUUAAGAGACGUAGAUAUUAUGAAUAGUGAAAUGAGAACAAUAUGUGAAUUUAUGAACGAUUUAAAAAGUGAGAGUGUAUACAUAUGUUGAUUAAUAUCAAUAAUAAUUGAUUGAUUCUCUUAUCUAAGGUAUGUGUGAUGAAUUAGGACACACUCAUGUACAAAAGAUUAUCCAAAAUGGGCUCGAGCAGCGGGGGAAAGAAGAAAUAUGUGAACUUUAGGAACAGACAACGGGCCAGCCUCAGUUUUUUUAUCGUCGUUAUGUUUUUCGGGGUUUUCGGUAUAAUAGUGUUUACGGAAAUAUUUUUCAUCGACGAAAGGGGGCGCGCAGCGGGCGUAAUAGUUAGAAGGGGGUCGCUCACGAUUCAGCACAAACAGGACAAGAAUUCGGAUUACGACGACGGGUUCCAGAGCGAUGACUACAUAUCAAUAAGGGUCGGAGCUGCAAUGAUGAACGACGACACUUUGGGGGCUCUCCUAAUAGGAGGAAGACCCCCCGUUGCUCUGCCCGUUAUCGAGCACUCCGCCCCAUCAGCCUCGAAGGUUUAUGCAGAACACUUCCUACCUCCCUAUCCAGAAAAUAGUACGCUUAUUGAAGGAGGUUGGCAAAAUGUUAAUAAUACAAGAUACAAAUUCUUCGUGUUCUCGGCGUUCUACGAUGAGAGAAAAGGUCAAAGGAUAAUUCGAGUGAUUGGCGCAACGAAAACUCGCGGGGCAGAGCGGGUGUGGUGCAGGCUGUGGUACAAAGCUGGAGAAUUCAAUUCGUCAGCUCAUGUUUCCAUUACGGUUCCGGCUAAAAUAAAGGUCAUCCGAGAGAACUGGAACCUGAAGUACAGCGCCUGUUUCGUGAUGUGCCCUUUGACAAAUAAGACUAUUCCUGCGGCUGUGAGCAUAGUGGCCAGAACGAGAGACCCGCCGGCUAACCUGUUGGCGGUCAUUAAUAAUCAUAACGAAACGGCAUUGGGGAUGGCUUCGGCGGGGGUAAGCGGGCCGGCCCAGUACAAAUUUGGAGUGUGUGUCAAGCCGCUUCACUUCGAAUACAAUAGGGCACUUCAAAUCAUGGAAUUCAUCGAAUUCAACCGGAUCUUGGGCGUGGAACAUUUCACGUUUUACAACCACACGAUCGGCAGUCAAGUCGAUUGCAUCCUUAAGGAUUACAUCGACAAGGGUCUGGUGACGGUCCUUCCUUGGAAAUUAAACAUGGCCUCGCAGAAGGACAUCAGGACGGAAGGAUUAUUUGCGGCCCUUAACGAUUGUCUUUAUCGCUCCAUGUACAAGUACUCGCAUCUUUUGCUCAUUGAUCUUGACGAAUAUAUCCUACCCAAGUACAACGAUACCCUAGGACAGAUGAUGGACUACCUCAGUCGUCGGCUCAAGUCUCGAACUCACGGUUCCUAUUCGUUUCAAAACGCAUUCUUUUACCUCCAAUGGGACGACGACGACUUCGUCUAUAACUUCGAAGACCCCGUCGCCGCUAAUUUGGUCACACUGAAGAAGACGCGUCGCAAAACGAAACUUCACCCACACAAGCAACGGUCAAAAUACAUAUGUCGGCCUGAAAUGACUGUUGAAGCCGGUAACCACUUCGUGUGGGAAUUCAUUCCAGGCCAUGGGACCUUAAACGUACCAGCGGACACCGCCAUACUACACCACUAUCGUAUAUGCGAAUUCGGUGGGGACGACUGCAUCAAAGCUUCAUCUACUGUCGACAGGACGGCGUAUCAUUUCAAAGACUCGUUAACUGGCGCAGUCAGAGCGGCAUACAAUAGACUGACCGAUAAAUGUGCAUUACCGGAAUUGACUAUGCCCUCAGGAAAGGUGCUCAAUAAGUUGAUGCAAUUUCUUAAGCCCAGCUUAGAAAGAUAAUGUAACCGAGUUUUAUCAGUAUUACUAGGUCAGGGGUUCGGCCGUGCAUUAUUACUUGGAAAUCAAAUGACUGACUGAUAACAGUAUUUUACAAUCAUUAUUACAUGAUGUAGAGGAAUAGUGUCAAAAUAUGAUGAUCCACCAAAAAGUAUCUUAAUAAAAGUUACUGCCAACUGUUGUCAACACUGGUGAUAGAGACAGACUUGUAGUGUGCGCAGUUAUUAAACAUUUGUAAUGCCAAAUAAUAAUGUAUUGCUAAUUGUAGGCGAACGUUGUAUAUAUUUUUGUAUAAUAAUUUGUGAUCUAGGGUUUUAAUAAUAUGGAGUAUUAUUUUUCAGUACCUAUCAAAAAAAUUGACUUCAAAAUUUGUUAAAAAAGAAAGUUUGUAAAAUACUAGGAUUUACGUAAAAAAUAAUUGUAAGUAAAAAUUAAGACUUGAAAACUUACUAAUAAGGUUAAUUCAGUAAAGAAUAACAUAGGCAGAAAUUGUAUGAAUUCUAUAUUUUAAAAUAAUUCAAAUUCACCAGUUUUUAAAAUUUGCUUAAUGGUUCAAACAUCUAGUGGAAUGUUUUUUAUUUUUACUUUACUUUUGCUACAUUUGAUAAUGAAUGUAAUUUUAAUUGUAACUCCACUAGAAUAAGGUUUUUAUGUAAUAAAAUAUACAGGGUGUUUCAUAUAAACAUUCCAAACUCCUCUCAUUUCAUACAUUUAAUAAUUAUUGUACCUUUUUUAUUUGAAAACUUGAUUGAGAACACUUUUUUAUUCUAGGAAAAUAUGCUAAAAUACUCAGUUUAUAUUGGCUAUAAGGAAAUGAAGAGAUGAACCGGAAAUACUUGAUAAAGUCAUGAAAAAGUGAUUACCUCAAAUUUUCAAAUAAAAAAAAAGAACUUCAUGUAAUAUUUCAUUUAAUUAUGAAAAUAAGGCAGGACAAAAUUUUUAAUUAAAAAAACACCCUGUAGGCUACUGUGAUUUUAACUGAAACCGAAGCUGCUCUAUUUUUUUUAUUAUAAUAUGUCAUUAUUGUAUCUAUCAGUACAUACUAUGUAGCUAGAAUUUUUGUUACUAUAUAAAAUAAUUUAGAAUGAAAUAUGAAUUUGUUAAUAUUUCACGAUUUUUCUUUUGGAAAUAUAUUGAAGACAUGAAGUUGAC